CUAGUUUCAAUAGCUCGGAAAUGGUUGAAAAAAUCAUGGAAAAGAAAUCAAGCUUGGGUGAGAUUCAUAAGGAUGAAGAAGCAUCAUUAGAAGAAGGUCUUGUAGCCAUUAGUGAUGACAAACCAAUGUUUUAUACACCGUCAAACAGUGUGAAUGAACUUGCAGGAGGGAACCUAAAGGAGACUGAUCUACCAAGUUUUCAUAGCUCUGAUAUGGUUGAUAAAAUCAUGGAUAAGAGAGCAUCAAUGAAACAUAACACAAACGAUGAUGUACCUCAAGAAACUAAAGCUUUUCCCUUCACUCCACAGAAUAGCUUUGCCGAUGGCCAUUUCGAUGCAUUUGCUAAGAAACAUAAUAUCAGUAACAUCGCACAGGCUCUUAAGGAAGAAUCAAUUGAGGAGAAUAGGAUUCUAGAAAGUGAAGAGCAUCCACAGGAACCCGAAGCUGAUAAGUUCCCUUUCACACCUAAAAACUCCUUCACUGAAGAAAACCUCCAUGGGUUUGCCAAAGAGCAUAAUCUUCCCAGCUUCAACAGUGCUGAGAUGGUACAGAAAAUAAAAGAUAAAAAAUCUGCCAUGGGAUCAAACGAAGAGCAGAAUUCGGAAAAUUCCGCACCAACGGAAAAUUCCACUUUCCCAUUCACACCUCAAAAUAGUUUUGCUGACGAUAGUCCUUUGAAUCAAUACUCAAAACAUCUCCCUGGUAUAAACAUGGAAACCAUUGAAGAAAGGGUCAAUAAAAAGAAGAAGAAAAUGGAGGAUGAAGGUGAAGACGAUGACGAAGAUGAUGAAGAGGAGGAAGAGGUGAUUGAGAGUAGAAAUAAGAAAUAUGAUGAUGAUGAUGAC